AUGUUAAAUUUUAUUCUAUAUGAUUUAAAAUUGACACCGAAAAAAAAUUUAGUAUAUAAAAGUAAAUAUAUUAAAGAGCACACAUAUAAUUAUUUUAAUUAUGUGGUUAGUAAUAAAGAACCAAAAUAUGUUUUAUGUGAAUUUUUAACUCAUAUAUGUACUGUAACCUUUUUAGGAAUAUUAUAUUUUAUAUUAAUAUUUUCAGGUACAUUUAAUUAUACAAGCGUCUCAUCAUAUCAAAUAAAAGAAAAAGCAUAUUGUCGAUUUUUAUCUCAGCACGAUUAUGUAAAAGAUUGUUCGGAUGAAAACAUGUUGAGCCGUAUAUUCAAAAAAAUUCUUUUAAGGAAAAAAGAACACCAUGAAAAGUUUGAAGAUGAGCAAGAAGAUGGGAGGUUUUUAUUUUCUAAUUUUAGUAUUAAGGAUAAAUGGAGUAAGAACAAACGUAUUUCAUCUAUAGGAGAUGAUAUAAAAUCAGAAUUUUGGAGUAAGGAGAAUUUAAUGUAUAAUAUUAAAUUAUUGAAAAACGAAAAAAUUGAAGUGAAUGAUUAUGAUACUUCUGAUGAUGAUUGUGAUGAUAAUAAAAUAUCUAAAUAUCCAAAGAUUUGGAAAGAAAGAGAUAAUUCAAAACCUAUUUUUAAUUGGCAUUUAGGUAAGAUAUCUGUUCUUAAAAUGUUAGAUAAUGCAGAAAAUUUUAGUAUAGGUGGUGUAAAAUAUAAGGAUUGGGAUUUGAUUCCUAUUUUACCACCUAAUAAUAAUAAAAAUGAUAAAAAGGUUCAUAAGAUGUUUAAAGCUUCAAUUAGUGCUAGGUAUGGAUUAAAAAAUAGAACAAUGAAAUUUUUUAUAAAGAAAAUUCCUAUGGACAUAUGGGUUAAACAAUAUAAUUUAAUGACUGAGUAUGAUGGGGAAUAUUUACUAGCUGGAGAAAAUGCUGUUAUGGAAGCUAUGGCUUUAGCUUUCUUAAAUGAAUAUCAUCCAAAUAUAGCACCUAAAUUUUAUAAAUUAUUAUAUGAAGAAGAUAAUAAGAAUUGUACUGAUUGUAUAUUAGAUAAUGAAAAUUUUUAUGAUUUGAACUUAUUUAAUGAUUUUUUAUGUGAAAAAUUAAAUACAAAUAUAAAUGGUAAUAUUGUUAUGAUAUCUGAAUAUUACGGUGAAGAUAUUUUUGAUUUUAUUUUAAGAGAAACAGAAGGAUUUAAUACAUUUUUAAAUAAAAAUAAAAAAAAAAGAAUUUUAUAUGAAAGUUUACAUUUAUUAGUAAAAUUACAUGAUGCAGGAUUUUCACACCUUGAUUUAUCUCCUGAAAAUAUAUUAAUAACAGAUAAAUAUCAGAUGCUUUUUUGUGAUUUUGCUAAAAGUACACCUCUUUAUAGUUUUAAAUUAAGACAUCUUAAACAUUUUGAAGGUUUAUAUUCUUUUGAAUCAUGUGAACCUAGUAUUGGGAAAAUUGAAUAUAUGCCACCUGAAUGUUGGAAUUUACUCAGGAAAUAUAAAAAAAUGAAAAUCAAAGAUCCUAUGAGAAAUUUAAAUUUUAUUACAGAUCAAGAUAAAAGGAAAGAUUUUUAUUAUGAUGUUUCUAAUGCUGAUAAAUAUAUGCUUGGAGUGUUUUUCAUUUGGGUUUGGAAUAAUGGAUAUUUAUGGUCGCGUUCGGAUCCUGAACAAGAUCAUGUCUUUUAUGAACUAUCACAAGCUGAUAUGAAUUUUAAUAUGUUAGAGAGGACAAAGAAAUGGCCAGAUGACUUUAAAUUUAUUCUCAAGAAAUUAUUACACAUGGAACAUAGAAGAAAUUUAGAUUUAAAGGAUCUAUGCAAACAUCCUUGGUUUAC